CUUCCGGCCUGCGCUGCCCAGGUCAAGGCGGCCAGUCCCCUGCCUCGGGGCUGCCCUCUGCCGGCCUCUCGCCCGCGCCUGGAGUGCACCCGAGGGGCGGCGCCGCAGGGUCGUUGCCCAUUCCAGAAACGGGCCGUUCCCAGCAGCUCCCGGGCGAGGCCUGGCGGAGACCUCGGGCCGCCCCUGGGAUCCGAAUUCCCGUCCAGGAACGGGUUUUACUUUCAGUGGCUUCAGGCUGCAGCCCUCGCGGCCAGCCAGCGCAGAGAUGAACGGGAAGGAGAACAACUUCCCGCCGCUGCCCGGGUUCCUGCCCCUGAAACCCUGCUUCUACCAGAACUUCUCCGAAGAGAUCCCCGUGGAGCACCAGGUGCUGGUGAAGCGCAUCUACCGCCUGUGGAUGUUUUACUGUGCCACGCUCGGGGUCAACCUGGUGGCCUGCUUGGCCUGGUGGAUCGGUGGAGGCUCUGGAGCGAACUUCGGCCUGGCCUUCCUGUGGCUCCUGCUCUUCACGCCCUGCGGCUACGUGUGCUGGUUCCGACCGGCCUACAAGGCCUUCCGGGCCGACAGCUCCUUCAACUUCAUGGCCUUUUUCUUCAUCUUCGGGGCCCAGUUCGUCCUGGCCGUCAUCCAGGCCAUCGGCUUCCCCGGGUGGGGCGCCUGGCGUGGGGGCCGCCGUGGUCAUGCUCCUCCCCGCCAUCAUGUUCUCCCUGUCGGCCGCCAUGAUGGCCAUCGCGAUCAUGAAGGUGCACAGGAUCUACCGAGGUGCAGGUGGAAGCUUCCAGAAGGCUCAGACGGAGUGGAGCACGGGCACCUGGCGGAACCCGCCCUCCCGGGAGGCCCAGUUCAACAACUUCUCGGGGAGCAGCCUGCCUGAGUACCCCACUUUGCUCAGCUACCCAGCCAGCGGUGAGUCCUCGUGCACUGCCCAGCGGCCCCCUGGGAACGGGCCACGCCAACUUCCAGUGGGCAGUGGCCUCUGUCACCUGUCCCGGGCCUGCACUUGCACCCUCCUGUCCUACCGGAGCCUCCUGAGUCCUGCCACCCGCAGCCCUGGCUGGUGUGGACUCACCCAGGGACAAGCCGAGGCCCACUCCCCCGGGCCAGCGGCCUGUGCUGCCCCCUCGCCCGCCGUCUGUCCAGCCUGA